UCAGUGUUGGUUUGCGUGAAUGGUGAAAGAAGAAAGGAAAAUGAAUCAAGAUUUAUGGAGUAGUUUCAUCUCGAAUUUUUUAGCCGUUCUUCCUUUGGAGUUUGGUAUUACUGCUUUGCGCUGCUGAGAGAGAACAACCAGCACAUCGAGUAACUUAGUAUUGACGUUUUCUUUGCUUGUAGUUAGAGAUGAAUGAGCUAUCAGCAGUUGCAGCCAGUGUGACUCAGUUUCGAAACCCAGCAGAGCUCGCCAAUGCAUGGAAAGGUGCAGACGAGAGAGGUGCUCGAAGUCUUAGUGGACAACGCUCUAUUGAAGACGUUGAGAAAGAAGCUCUCCAGCUAUUGCGUGGGGAUGAUAUUGCAAAGCGAUCCAGUGGAGUGGUCUUGAUUGCAUCAAUAGCUAAAGUCAGUACAGGUUCACACUUCAAAGAGCGAUGCGAUGUCUGGAUUCAACAAUGUGUGUCCAACCUUGACAAAAGUGGUCCCGAAGCUCAAAAAGGAAUAGCAGAGCUUCUUUGUCAGCUUCUCUCUCGAAGUUCUGAGUUUCGGGAGCUAACACAGCUUGUAGACAAGUUCAUUUCUCCGAUCGUCGACAAACUUUUGAGAGCAACACCCGAGUGGCGAGUGAAGGCGUUGGAAUGCCUAAACACCUGCAUACAAUGCUACCCAGCGUUGUGCCUAUCAAGCAAGGAGAAGAUCAUCAAUGCUCUCUUUCCGAUGUUGGAUAUCGGAGAUGAAGCAACACAGAAUAUUGUUGCCCAGUGUAUGGCAUCGGCACCUAGCAUUGGCAGUGACGGUGGCAAUGCUGCCACGCGGCACACAGAGGUGUGGAUGCUCUGGUGCAACAUGCUCCUGGCUACACUCAACGAUUCCCUGGACAAGCUGGUGUCUGCAAUGGAAGAGAAACAAGUGCAGACUCCACUGAUAGGAACAUUUACGAUGGGCCCUGGCACUGGUGGUCAAAAUUCAGAGCCGCCGGAGAAGUUUCCACUCGAGGAGCCUCCGGAGAAUGAGCCUAAUCGCUCCGCCUUGCUGCUGACUCGAUGCCAGUCGCUGUGCGCCUGCCUGAAGUAUCUACUGCAGACUGCGUAUCCUGUAGCCGUAUCUUUCCCUCUGCAGGCAAUACUGGCUGUGAUCUGCCGUAUACUGGCUCUCAGCAAUCGGCAACUGGUCACACAUCCGUCAGUGGAAUGUGUACUGGUGUUCAGCGCGUUGCCAGUCUUCUACACAAGUUCUUUGGAGUUGCUUACAGCUGUCACUUGCAGCUGCAAGCAAAUGCUGCUACCACAGAGCUGGCUCAUCAAUCAGCUGCUACUUCAGGCGUAUGGCUGGAGUGGUGGUGAGGCUUCCAACCAUGCCACACCAUACAGCUGUGUGCGUAUUGCGCUGCAUCGCCAGGUGGAAGCCUGGAUGUGGGUCAUUGGCAGCGACAUUGACAAGGGAUCGGCGUUGCACUUCGUCAAGCAUGCCAUGAGCGAUGCCAAACCACUGCGCAAGGAGGACAAGAUUAAUGAGGAUUUCGCGUUAAAAUCAGCCAAAAGGGAGAAGACCGCUGAGAUCUCGGCAGCAGACCCGAAUGAUAUUGAUAUCUGUGCCAAUGCCGAGUUGACUAUUAGUGCGCUCAGAGCUCUGUCCGCUAUUCUCUCUGCUGCUGGGUCAGUACUGCCAACAGAGUGCCAUACGAGCGUACGUCUGUUCCUGAUUCCCGUGCUGCUGGAGAUCAACAAUGCCCAUCGGCCCAGCAGUGGCAUGCCAGCGCCGAAGGGCUGGUGGACAGCUGGCGGUGCACCAGUGCCCUACGGACGCGCUGAUUGCCGCAAGGAGAUUUACAACGCACUGCUCAGCUGUGUGCUUGCGGAGAAACCGGGUGCAGAGGCUAUGCACCAUGCUAUCCACAUGUUCACUGAUGGUGCUCGCGAUCCUAACAUGGAGGUCAGUAUGACGUGCCGACAAGCAAUCUCCGUGUGCAACGUAAUCGUGCGCUCGCAGCACUCAUCUGCCUCCGGCGGUGGCGGUGCAUCAGCAAGCGCCACGGCAAGCGAUACGGCAGCCAACGCUGCCAGAAGAGGUGAUGCCGAGGGCACAGUGGGUACACCUGGUGCUGGCUUGCCCAGGAAUAUUGGCCAGCUACCGCCAGCAUCAGCACGGUUGCUGAUACAGCAGAGUGUAGCAGCCCAGCAGAUGCAGCUCCAGGAAACCAUUCGUCAGCGCAGGAAUACGCCCGGUGGCAACAUGACCAGCUCUGGUUCUAUGGCAGCACAGACGCCGCCACAGCAGCAGCUCUCGAAGCCACAUGUGGUGGCAGAUCUGUCUCAAGCACAGUCUUCAACUAUCCACGGCCGGAGGAUGAAGAACAGGAAAGGAUCGGCGGCAUCAAGUGCUUCACCGUCGGAGGAUCCUGGCGAGACGAUCGUCACACCAUCCAGUAUUGCAGCAGCUGCAGAGCCAGAAGCAAUGCAAGUCGAUAGUGGCGAAUCAAUAACACUCACAGAACAACAAUCUGAACCUUGUACACCAACAGUCCGUCCUUUGAAAGAAGCCAGCGAAGGCCAAGCCUCCUCGACAGACUCAGCGUCACCAAGAACUGCUGGAAAACGCCGUGCCCAAGAUGUGGUGUCAGAGGAGGAGAAGGAGAAGGAGGGUGCAUCUUCCAUGGCCAGUGCUUCACAACAUGCUGCAGACAGCCCAGCUGCUGGAGAGGAAGACCCUCCUGCUGCCAAGAAGCGACGAGUCACUGCCUCAAAGAGCUCCGAAACCGAAGAAGCAGCUACAGCACCCAGCCAGGAGACUGUGGGAGAAAGCAGUCCUCAGUCUUCAAAGGAGGAAAAAGAAACGUCGACCGCUGGCUCCAGCAAGAGCGGGGAAUCCAAGGAGGAGAAAGGCGGUGACGUUUCCGGCAUGCUGCAGUCGUUUGUGGAUAGCGGCCCAGACAGCGACUCUAAUACAUGAAGUAACGCGCAGAAUGCCGCUGCCGACGCACGGUGAGGAGCAUUGGUGAUUAUCUCAGCUCUUGAGCUAUCUCAGCUCUGGGUGCCGCUCAAGUCUAGUCGGUCCGGCCCCUAUACUGAUCUAACCCCACCCCAACAACCCAAACUUCGAAGAAUCUCAAUGUGCAUUUAUUUUCAGUACUUGCGGUGAGCCUCUUCCACAUGUAAACAUCCCACAUGCAGUGCAGCACUGACCAUGCCUGUAUGCUUAUAUACCCACUACAACUACUACCACUGGAGUAAACGUCCACCAUCUCAAGUUAGUGUAUUUUGCUACUUCAGGAGGAAUAUGAACAGGCCGCCACUAUGAUGCCUAACCCCCAUUGCUAAUGCUAUUCCUUUCUUGCUCUGCAUUCUCUCCGGGAGUGUUUGCGUUGUAACGGCUCAUCAUCAGUGCAUCGUAUGCAUACGUGUCGCGUUGCAUUCCUUGCCGCUUACCUGAAAUGCCUCUACCCCAGCCUGCACAUUGCCACGUCUAGAAUACUAUUCUCAACUAGACUCGAGUGCAUCAGAUCUUAGUCCAUGCAACGCAUAUUCCAUUCGCUUGCACUGCUUUCUCUGAUAAGAGAGCUGAUGUUCCAACGCCUGAGCUUGGUGCACGAUGCGUGUUGUCACAUUGCGGCCGCCUUCUCUGCUUUGUCUUGUCACAUAGAGCUGUUGUGUAGGUCUUGCCUUUUACCACUUGCUUUGUAUGGCUUGUAGGCAGCAUAUCUAGUUUGUACUGUGGCUAUGAUUCAUUAGUAUUACUUCCUUUUUCAAUUAGCUCGUAGGCGUUUUUAGCUGUUUUUUCAUUUUUAGCUCGGUUCCGUCCUCUGAGCAGGAGCUCAGGACAGGCACACCAUAGCCUCUCUAACUGUGCAUUGAAUUUGUGUUUUGCUUUGUAUGAAUAAUGAUGCCAGGUUAAUAAUCGCAUA